AGACAACAAUGUUGCCAAUGAAUCACAGUUUAUUACAAUAACAGGUUAUGGUUUUCGGAGCAGAGUUAUGAAACACUACUCCAAAAAUUUUAAAUAUUAUCUGGAUAAAUGGCCUGGCAAAAAGUAUUUUGGCAUGUAUAGAUUCAUGCCAAUAUUUUUCGUUUUAGGAGCGGCAUUAGAAUUUUCUAUGAUCAAUUGGAGAGUAGGAGAAACAAAUUUUUACGAUACAUUCAAAAGGAGACAAGCCAAAAAUUACGUGGAGGAACAGAUAUUGAGAGUGCCUAAUCAAAAAGAACAAAAUGCCAGCUAAUAUCAGCUGGGGAAGAUAUUUGACCUAUGUUGGUGCAGCACUGUUAACGAUGAUGGCUGGUUCUCAAACGGUGCACAUAUUCUAUAAACCUUUAUCUGAUUUGGACGAAUAUAUAAAAAAGGAAAAAGAAAAAGUGCUGAAGUGAUUCGGACAAAUUUAUGUGCCAGGAUUCACAAAAAUGAUUGAAUAUAGUUGUUUAUUUAUAUUUUGCUGAUUAUUCUGUUGAAAUAAUGUAGUGCUGUUUUAUUUAUAUUUGUUAUUGUGGAAUUACUUCUCACAAUAGAAUAUUUUGUAACUAUUCUA